UCCGCGUUGAACUCUGUGUGUGUUGUGCCCGCCCGCGUCGUAUUCUCCUUCCCUUUCCCCCUCCACCUCUUGCCAUAGGGAGCGCACAGAGUCCACCCUCGGCCGUCACGCUGCUCCUGUGGCGUCGAUUCGACAGUUCGUCUCCCCCCCCCCGCCCAGCCGCUCCUCCUCCUCCUCCUCUUCCACGCUAGACGGAGCCACAGUGGGGGCCUCGCUGCCGGCUUCCUGGGACGCCUGGGCUUCGCUACACGGGCGUUGGGACCCGGCGACCGAAAGGGAGAAGUUACCUUUGGAGAAGGUCUGAUUCUGGAGGACUGCCGCUGUCACAACAAAGAGAUUUUAGGGAUGCCUACAAGAACAGAGAAGGAGACGGAAAAGAACAUAUUAAGAGAGCGUUAGAGAUCUACAGCACUGUGCCAGACCCAUGUGUGCCUACACAGAAGACACUCGAUGAACAACAAUUACAGAUUCCAAUUCAAUGGCAAACUUGAAUGGCUAUCACAACACUUGACACCCAUGUUUCCUGGCAUCAUGGAAUUUCUGGAAUUCCAUCUACAAAGCAUUCUCAAAAAGUAAUGGUUUACUUGUAAGUUUCAAUUAUCUCUACGAGUUGCAAUAAUGGCCAGCAAAAGGAAGUCCACGACCCCCUGUAUGAUACCGACAAAAACACUGGCACUGCAGGAGUCUCAGUCAGCCUCUGUUGGAGUUGAUCCUGAAGGGCUUCAGCUACCUGCAACUCCUGCUGCUGCACCUGUUGCUGAAACUGUUAGCAGUAAUCACAACGGUGGGACGCUGUCCAAUGGACACAAAGGAAUUGUGGAUGGUGAUACGUACAGGUGUAGGUACUGUGAUUUUGGCUGUCAAGAUGUUAGUCGGUUUCUUGGGCACUUGGAUUCUGAGCACAAAGACUUUAGCAAAGACCCCUCCUUUGUCUGUGUGCAGUGCAGUCUCCUGGUAAAGAGCCACAAAGAGCUUUCUGGUCACAAUGCAGAGAGCCAUGCUGGGGAAACCAGCUUCAUCUGCAACGUCACAAAACAAGGCAGCCGCGUGGUUGUGGAGCAGACUGUUGAGGAUACCACUUCCACCACCCAAGUUGUUUCAGGGGAUCUUCCAGGAGAAGGGCAAGACAGCCAAGCUGAAAUUAUCAUUACCAAAACGCCCAUUAUGAAAAUAAGGAAAGCAAAACCCGAAGUGAAAAAAAUCCACACGUUGAAAGAAAAUUCGUCGAGUCAACCGGUCAGUGAUUCGGAGAAGAAAGGUAGCGAACAGCCAUUCGCCAAUGGACCUGCACCGUCGGUUCAGUCAAAUGCAGUCAAACCAACUCCGGUUGUCAACGGCUCAAUUUUAGGGAAAGUGCCUAUUUUGCAGGCAGGCAUCACCCAACUUGUACACUUGCAGCAGCAACCACAAGUUCAGCAGCAACUGCCCACAUCGAAAUCUCUUCCCAAAGUAAUGAUUCCCUUGAGUAGUAUUCCAACAUACAAUGCCACAAUGGACUCCAACAGUUUUCUGAAAAACUGUUUCCAUAAGUUCCCUUACCCUACCAAAGCUGAGCUUUGCUACUUGACAGUUGUGACCAAGUACCCAGAAGAGCAGCUGAAGAUCUGGUUCACAGCCCAGAGGUUGAAACAGGGUAUCAGUUGGUCACCUGAGGAGAUUGAAGAUGCACGGAAAAAAAUGUUCAACACCGUCAUUCAGUCUGUGCCCCAGUCCACCAUCACAGUGUUGAAUACGCCUCUGGUUGCAACCCCUAAUAGUGUUCAGCAUCUCAUUCAGGCUAGUUUGCCUGGCCAUUCUGUCAGCAAACCUGAAGGAGCCGGUGGUGUGCUGGUUAGCCAACCCAUAAUAACAAACGGAUUUCAGAGUUCAGCCUCAUCACUCCCAAUAGCAGUAACCUCCAUUCCAAAGACCCAGGUAGCUAAACAGCCAUCCACUGUGUCAGUUUCUAGUUCUGCAUCGGCUGUGAAAGUGGUCAGUACCUCUCAGACGCAGCCCACUGCUUGCCCGAGCAUAUCUGCCCAAGAGUUCCUAGAUCCUAACAUAUACAAAAACAAGAAGUCUUUUGAACAGCUAUCUGCACUAAAGACUAGUUUCUGCCGGAAUCAGUUCCCUGGCCAAGUUGAAGUCGAGCGGCUGACAAAAAUCACGGGACUUAACAUAAGGGAGGUUCGAAAAUGGUUUAGUGAUAGGAGGUACCAUUGUAGAAAUGUAAAAGGCGGCAGAGCUGUAUAUGCUGGAGAUAAUACAAUAAUCAUAGACUCUGUGCCUGAAAUUACAUUCACCUCUUCUCCCAAAACAGCCUCGGAAUUACCCUCCGCAGCAGCAGCAAUGCCUACAACACAUACCCCGGUCCGUCGGCAGUCCUGGCAUCAGACUCCUGAUUUCUCUGCUAUCAAAUAUAAGGAGAGGGCUCCUGAGCAGCUGAAAGUAUUGAAAGGCAGCUUCGCACAGGAUCCUUUCCCCUCAGAGGCAGAAGUGGACCGUUUGAGGAGUGAAACUAAAAUGACAAGGAGAGAAAUCGACAGCUGGUUUUCAGAGCAAAGGAAAAGACAGGCUGUCAAAGAAACCGCCCAGCCAGGAGAGGAAGAUGCUGAAGGUGACUCUGGGGAAGAAGACUCCUCAGACGACUUGAGAGCUUCAAAUGAAAAUGGCUUGUCGGAUGCAGCCAAUAGCACUCAAACCGCGGGCGAACGCAAAGUGACCCCCAUAAAAAUCAACUUGAAGAAUCUCAAAGUCACCGAGUCGAAUGGCAAAAGCGAGUUGUCUGGCUUGAUUGUGGAUGAUCAGAGCGAGAGUUCUCCUGGCAAGUCAGCUGCACCCCAGAAACCCAAACUAACAAGUAAAAAAACAGCCCAGCAAAGGCAUUUGCUUAAACAGCUCUUUGUGCAGACCCAGCGGCCUACAAACGAGCAAUACGACAAACUGUGUCUGGAGUCGGGUCUUCCCAGGGCUGAAGUAAUUCGCUGGUUUGGGGAUAGCCGCUAUGGUUUAAAAAAUGGAAAUUUGAGAUGGUACAAGAACUACAAGCAAGGCAUCUUUCCCAAAGGCCUGGCUGGCUUUGGCGAUCCCAAAAUGGAGAUCCUCCAGGAAUACUUUCAAAAGAACAAGAUGCUCUACGAAGAUGAUCUCCCCAGUUUGGUUGAGAGAACUCAGAUGACGCCUGGGCAGGUCAGGAUUUGGUUUGCUGAAAGGCUGGAAGAAGAAAGCAGGCCAAUAUCAGACACUGGCAGCGAGGACCAGUGCUCAAGCAUUGGCGAGACAGCCGCCAGUCACAAAGGUGCGUCGGAUGCCUUUUCUGAGGCUUCUGAGAACAGUGAAUCCUGGGAGCCUGGAGGUCAAGAAGGCAGCUCAGAGCUAGUCGAUGGUGCUCCGCCCACAGGAUGUUUGGAAACGGACAGAACCGGUGCUGCCUCCCCUUGAAGGAUUUGGUGUUAAACUUGUGAAGACUCAGCAGCUGUGGGGCUGGUUGGAAUCUUUGUAGAAGGACCUGUGGAAAUACUGCCAUGAUGCCAAGAUCGGGUUUUCGCAAAGCUGUGGGGCUGGUUGGGGGGGGGGGCGCUUUGGAAUCUAGCAUAGGAGCAGAGCCUAGCACAGCAUCUGCAAAAUCCUUUUCUCUCCCCUGUGGCAUAGGACCUUCUAGUUUGUUUUCCACUGCCCCUCCCUGCCCCCCUUUUCGAACUUCAUAUCCAUCAGAAUCAACGUUUUAAAAUUAUCAGCUGGCCUUCAGAAGUAUCAUCAAUCUUGGGCAUUGUGUUAAACAUUCUCCUUUCAUAUACACAGAACUAUCAUUGACACAACGUAUUUUAGAUUUUUAGUGCUUGUUCUCUGAAAGCUGGAUCAUUGCAUAUAUUCUAACAUUUGGGUCUCUAGCUCUGGAAAUCGAGUAUAUUUGUGGGUGAUGAACAGUGUACCAAGCAGUACAUAAAGACAAUAGAGUUUGGAUCUUUAGAACCAUUUUUUGUUGAGCAUCAUGGAAGAAACCUUGGGUGCGGGACACACCCACCCAAAGAUGGCAUCAGGUAUUAUUUUGUCCUUCAUGUGAAAUAAUGUGACAUUAUCCUAGCAAAUAAGAUGCACCUGUUAAUCAAGUCUAAAAAAUUUUUUUUGUGGUAAAUCUUAACCCAAAAUUCUUUUUUUAAAAAAAUUCUUCUCACUAAGAAGGUUACUAAAAAAAACCCUGCAGGCUUGGAAACAAUUGUGAUUAUAAAGUCAUCUGAUUGGCAAAAUGCCAGAUUUUACUUACGAAAACCUCCAUGUACGGGUCAAAGCUGCUUAGAUCUCCUACUUUACUUUUUCCUGUGUUGGCUUCAUCCUAGCCAUUGAUUAGCUGGAAUAAAUUGCUGGCAAGUUUAAGCUAUGUUGAGGUGCAGAACCUUCACAGAUGGAUUCUAGUAUCAGUAGAGAGAGGCCUGCAUGUUGGCUGCUUGUUGUUUUGAAAGGGUUUCAUUUCAUUGACUUAAUGUUGUAUGGAAUCUGUAAUUUAAAAUGCCAGGAUUUUACUUUUAGCAGCAAGGAAAUAUUUAUUUAAAUGCAGGAGAUUGGUAGCACUAAUUAAUUAGCUGUUUUGUUUGGUAGGCAACAUGUGCUUUGGCUUCGGCCUUGAGAAUCUUCUCUGUGUAGUAUCAGGUCCCAGCUUUGUAUUGCACUUGUGUUGAGCAUUCCUCUGAAAGUCCCAAGAAACCCCGUCAUCUCCUGUUAAAGGAUAUUGAAUAGCAGUUGCUUGGAAAAGCGUGGAGAGCCACUUCCUGUCAGAGUGGAUGGCACCGCGCUGGUCUUGACAAGGCAGCUUCAUAUAUUUAUGCCUUUUAUGGCAACUCUUCUGCUAAUAAGCUGGCAGACUUCUUGUUGUCCAUUCUAUCUAGUUCUGACCACUCAAAAGCCUUCCACGUUCUUAAGCAUCAUGGCAAUUCAGUCUAUUAUCCAAUGCUGUGUGUUCCGCGCUUGUGCAGAACGGCCUGUCUUGGGAUUGCUGAUAAGUCUUGAAAGCUACGUAGAUCAAAGCAAGGAUGAGGCCUGAAUCCAAGGGUGGCUGAUACUGAGUAGGCGUGUGCCCCAGGUUGGUAGCUUAAGGGGGCAAGUGAUGCUUUCAGAGAACAUGGGCAGGUAAGCGACUCGAGGCACCGUUCUCCCAGCAACGUGAAGGCCAGUUCCCAUUGUCAUGAGCCAGAGAAACAAGACAAAGCCUCCCAAGCACUUGAGCAGCCCUGUUCACCGCAAUAGAGCUGGUGUGGGAGAAAUUCGUGUUAGGCUGUGCUUUCCAGGAUUUUCUUACAUGCAAGUUUGUUUUCAUAUACACAUAUACAGUGCAGUUAUCAUUAUUUUAUGCCUAGAGUCUCCAUUAAGAUGUACAUGUAGAGGCUGUGCCAUAAUUACAUUGGAAAACUAAUCUAGCUCUUUCAUGAACGUGUGGGCUUCGUGUACUCUUGAGAGGUUUGAUGGCUGACUGGCAGUAGCUAUUACUCAGUUUACUGGCAUAAAAGGAUUACUGAAGUUGCAGUUCUCAACAUAUCUUUGGAAAGCAACUUCUGCUGGUGGAGAGAUUCAGUCCCAUGGGUGGAUAGUUAGGGAUGGGCAAGUUUAGUGGCAAGCUUAAAAAAACAUCCCAUCGUAGGCCAGGACUACAAGUUCAGGCAAAUCUUUGGCCAGGGCCAAUUAUGCUCCCCAUCUGAUUUAGAGGAAUAGUAAUGUGUCAAAUUAAUUGCAAGGAGAGACGUAGAAGAAGAAGAGUUUGAAUUUAUAUCCCCCCUUUCUCUCCUGCAGGAGACUCAAAGGGGCUUACAAGCUCCUUGCCCUUUCCCCCUCACAACAAACACCCUGUGAGGUAGGUAGG